AGCAGCCUUGACGACGACAAGCAAGGAACCUAAACCCUCCCUCCGCUCAAUGCCAUUUAUAUAAGACUCCAUCUUCUUGCACAAAACACAUGUACUUGAACUAGUGUUGCCUGCAUUGCGCUGUUAGAGUCCUCGAAAUAUAACUCCAAAAUCCUUUCAUCCUUCUACAAAUCUUCGUUUACUGUACAACAAUGGUACUCUCGCAGCAGAUAAAACUUGUUGCCUUGCUACUUCUGGUCUUAAAUUUCUGCAUGUAUGUCAUUGUUUUGGGGAUUGGCGGUUGGGCUAUGAAUAGAGCCAUUGAUCAUGGUUUCAUCAUUGGACCUGGGUUUGACCUUCCAGCACAUUUCUCACCUAUUUACUUCCCUAUGGGAAAUGCUGCCACUGGAUUCUUCGUGAUGUUUGCUUUGAUCGCCGGAGUUGUUGGUGUUGCCUCAGCAAUUGUUGGUCUUAAUCACAUUCGGACUUGGACCGGCGACAGCUUGCCAUCUGCAGCCUCCGUUGCUGCCGUUUCUUGGACUCUCACUCUUCUAGCCAUGGGCUUCGCCUGGAAAGAAAUUGAGCUCUCUAUCAGGAACGCCCGUCUGAGAACCAUGGAGGCAUUUCUGAUAAUCCUUUCUGCUACACAGCUUCUAUACAUAGCAGCCAUCCACGGUGCCUCGUCAUUUAGGAGACCUUAAGAGAGAGUCCCUUUACGUAUGCUUGGUGUGUUUUCAUUUUCUUUUUCCGGCUCUCUCUGGGGCAUGCAUGAAAUUAGCUAGGAGAUUGAUGUUUUUCUGUGUGAUUGGUGUGGAUUUGUAUGAACAAAUAAUUAACAAGGAAAUGGUGUGAGCAUCAUUUAUAAUUUCAUUAUGAGGUCUCUUGCUUCUCUGAGACAUCAAUUGUUUAUUCUGACAGAAUAAAUAAAUUAGACUGUAUUAUUUAAUGCACGUUGUUUUGGAUCAUCAUUUAAAUAAAUUGGUUUUUUUUU